CCUUCAAAGUUUUGCCGCCAAAGCCGAACUCUUUCUUCUUCUUUAGUAUUUCUGAUUUCUCAAAGGGUUUAAGCAUAGACUCACUUCAGUUCCCAUGGCCUCAAACAUUCCUCUCCAUAUCAUAGACGAAGACGGCGAUGGAGACUUCCAAGAUGAGUUCGAUUGGGAAGCAGCCGUUAGAGAAAUCGAUAAGGCAUGCGAUGAUAGAAAUUUUGCUUCUUCUUCGUCUUCCCAUUUCGCUCCUCCUCCUUUAUCCCAUACAUCUAAGAAAAACACUUCAAGGCAAUCCACGCUCGACAGAUUUAUUGGGAAGGUGGGACCUCGGCCUCCUGAAUAUAAUCGGACAGUUGAGGGUUAUGUCGAUGCUGAGGCUGAGGAAGUGUCAUCCGUUCGCAUUGAUGCCGAGGCAGCUAAAACUUGGAUCUACCCAGUUAAUGUACCUCUUCGUGAUUAUCAAUUUGCCAUAACCAAGACAGCACUAUUUUCAAAUACACUGGUGGCAUUGCCAACAGGCCUUGGAAAAACACUUAUUGCCGCAGUUGCAAUUUUUAACUACUUCAGAUGGUUUCCAGAAGGGAAGAUAGUCUUUGCUGCUCCUUCUCGACCACUUGUCAUGCAGCAGAUAGAAGCAUGCCAUAAUAUCGUUGGAAUUUCACAAGAAUGGACAAUUGAUAUGACAGGUCAGAUAUGCCCAACAAAAAGAGCAAUCUUUUGGAAGACUAAAAGAGUUUUCUUUGUUACCCCACAAGUUUUAGAGAAAGACAUUCAAUCUGGCGCAUGUUUGUCAAAGUAUAUUGUUUGUUUGGUGAUUGAUGAGGCUCAUCGAGCAUUGGGAAAUUAUUCCUAUUGUGUGGCAGUUCGUGAGUUAAUGUCAAUGCCAGUGCAGCUGAGAAUAUUAGCCUUGACUGCAACACCGGGAUCAAAGCAGCCCACUAUCCAGCAAAUAAUUAACAACUUAUGUAUAUCAACACUCGAGUAUCGCGAUGACCAUGACCAUGAUGUCAGUCCAUAUGUUCACAAUAGAAAGAUAGAACUGAUUGAGGUUCCACUGGGGCAAGAUGCGGUUGAGGUGAAUAAUAAGUUGUUAGAAGUAAUUCGUCCUUAUGUGGCAAGGCUUCAUGCCAAUGGGCUUAUUCAAAAUAGAGACUAUCAGACUUUAAGCCCGGUCGAUUUACUUAAUUCAAGGGAUAAAUUUCGUCAAGCACCUCCCCUAGAUCUUCCACAGGUUAAGCAUGGAGAAGUUGAAGCAUAUUUUGCAGUUCUUAUUACACUUUACCACAUUCGGAAGCUUCUUUCAAGCCAUGGAAUAAGACCAGCAUAUGAGAUGCUGGAGGAAAAGUUGCGACAAGGGCCUUUCUCAAGAUCAAUGAGUAGAAAUGAAGAUAUAAUGAAUGCAAAGCUUUUAAUGCAACGGAGUUUGUCUCAUGGUGCACCCAGUCCAAAAUUGUCAAAACUGUUAGAAGUAUUGAUUAACCAUUUCCAAACAAGGGAUCCACAAAACUCCAGGGUGAUUAUCUUCUCAAAUUUUAGAGGAAGCGUUAGGGACAUAAUGAAUGCACUAGAAAGUAUUCGAGAUUUAGUCAAAGCAACUGAAUUUAUUGGUCAAAGCUCAGGGAAAGCAUUGAAAGGUCAAUCUCAAAAAGUUCAACAGGCAGUUUUGGAGAAAUUUCGAGCUGGUGGCUACAAUGUUAUUGUUGCCACAUCAAUUGGUGAAGAAGGCUUGGAUAUCAUGGAAGUUGAUCUUGUAAUAUGUUUUGAUGCAAAUGUUUCACCUUUGAGAAUGAUACAACGGAUGGGGAGAACUGGAAGGAAACAUGAUGGACGAGUUGUAGUUCUAGCCUGUCAAGGGUCAGAGUUAAAAGGUUAUAUGCGAAAGCAAGCCAACAGCCGGUCUAUAAAUAAGCAUAUGCAAAAUGGUGGAAUACAUAGCUUCAGUUUCCAUCCCAGUCCUAGAAUGAUUCCUCACAUUUUCAAACCAGAAGUCCAGUUUGUAGAGCUCUCAAUUGACCAAUUUGUUCCUCGCGGAAAGAAACUGAAGGAUGAUCAUGCUAUUGAGACACCUCAUUUUAGGGAAAAGCUAACUGCUGAGGAGACUGAUUUGAUUGCCAAGUAUUUCCAUCCUACCAGUGAGAGCACAUGGAGACCUUCACUCAUUGCCUUCCCUAGCUUCCAAGCAUUUCCCUCCAAAGUUUGUAAAGUAGUGCAUUCUUAUAGAACAGAGAUGCUGAUAGAUUCCAUGCAACAUUUGCAGGGCUUAACCUUUCCAGGAGGCAAUGAGAAUUUCUUUGUUGAGAAUGAAGUCUCUUCAGUUGAUUGCUCUGUAGCUGGUAUUGUUGAACAAAAUGACAGUUAUAGCAAAGAUUUUCUAGUUGUGGAUGAUUUUCCAGCUGCCAAUUCUCAGUUAGGAGUAAUAGAUUCUCCAGAACCUCAUUUGAGAACUUUAAGAACUAAGGAGAAUCAUGACAGGCCAGAUUCUGGAUGCAGAAGUCCCAAAUCGCAUUUGUGCCUAUUUGGUUCUGAUUUUGUAUCUGUUAGUGCUCUUGGAAAGGUCCUAAUUGUAUCUGUUCCUUCACUUUGUUCCGAAGAUGUAACACAUUCUAAGCGUGCAAAUACAAUUACAGAAGAGUUGCAAAAUACUUGCAAGCAAGAUAUUAACUGUGUGAAGACUUCAGAUGAAAUUAUGCAAACUGAAGCUGUUCUAAACAUUGCUAAUCAGAAAAAAAGUUUAGAAGAUGAUACUUUAUCAACACCUGGAUUUUGUGAAAGUGAUUCUGAGAAAGAGAAAAUGCUAAAUGGAGUAGAAAAAAUUCCUGAGACUCCAGAUGGCACUUGUGAAAUGGCUGAUGAAGCUAACAUUGAUAUCAGAGAUACUGAACUUAGCCCCCGUCUAACCAAUUUUAUCGAAACAGGCGUUGUUCCAGAGUCUCCCAUAACUGAUAGAGGGCUUUUAGAGCAGGAAACAAGAAUUGAGCCCUUUAUUCCGGACAAAGCAUCACCUCCCGAGUUGCACACUGAACUGCUUUUGAGAUCUUCAAGUCCAAUGAAAAAUGAUAGGGGCAAUAUGGAAAGUAGCCCCUAUGGAAGUAAAGUCCCAGUAAUGAAAGAUGAAAUGAUGUCUUUACUUAGUGUAAAGCUUCUAGAGAUAACCCCUGUUUCUCCACUUGUGGAAAUGAAAAGUCCCUUGGCAAACCUUACAAACAGUAGCGGUAGUAAAAGUUGGCACUUAAGCUCUGGAGAAAAAACAGAGACAGUUGAGCAUGCACGGGUGUUUAAAAGGUUGCGCAAAGUUGUAGAUUGUGGAAAAGAUAGGAGCUCAAAAAGCUUGAAGGAAAGUUCUUGUGUCUCUCCAGCAAACUGUGCCAUAUCUUCUUCUCGUGCCAAUCCUAUUCAAGCAAAGUCUGGUAGGGGUAAAAAGAAGCCAGGGAAUGAUGUCAGAACUUUCAUUGACGAGGAAGCUGAAGUGUCCACAGAAGCUGAAAUCUCUCUUGAAGAAGAAGAUGAUGAGAGUGAUUCGUAUGAUGACAGUUUCAUAGAUGACAGGAUAAACCCAACUGCAGACAGUACCCAGAUUGAAUCUGCUGGUAGAGUUGACAUGAUAGCAAUUUACAGGCGUUCUUUGCUAAGCCAGUCACCAAUGGUGAGGCAACAAACUCCUGCUUUCAGUCCUGACUGUGUAGCUUCCACAAGCAAAGAUCAUGGCAGUGGUCAUCCCUCGUACGAGACAUUGUAUUCUAUACAGGCGCCUCAACCUGAGUCCGCAAAUCAGCUGGCAACAAAGAAUACAGAGGAGAGGAUCUCCUUCAUGUCCAUGCCUUCCAGAACUUAUGAUUCUGCAAUAGAAAAUGAGAGUCAGCAAAGCAGAAAGCGAAAGCUGAGUUUCUUCCCAUUGGAGUCUAUCCCUGCAAUCAACUUAGAGCAAAAAUUCAAAUCUGAGGCUGGAGGCAAAGAAUUAAGCAGAUCCUCUCAGCAGCCUCAAGUGAACAACGUCACCGGGAAUGACAGUGACAUUGAUGAUGAUGAUCAAUUUUAUGCAAGUCUAGAUCUUGAUGCGGUGGAGGCACAAGCUACCAUGCUUCUGAAGAACAAGUCUGAGGCACCAUUGGAGAAGCAAGUGAUAAAUGCACAACCGAAUCCAAACCUGCAGAAUGGUGGGGUUCAAGCUCCUCCAUCAUUUGAUCUAGGGAUAUGGUAAUUGAGGCAGAAUAUUUCGACAAUGUAACCUUUUGUAUUAUAGUUUGUACAGGUUGUUCAUGCAGAGAGGAAUGUAUUUAUCAUGUAUAGAUG